GGGGUCUGCAUACUGUAGCUUCGUGAUGCUGCAUGUCGGCAUUGGACAGUGUCUCGGCAUCAUCAUGGCGAAUCACCUGCUGCUUUCCUUCCCCUUUUCAGGUGCCAAGUUCCCCAUCAAAUGGACCGCCCCUGAAGCCAUAAACUACGGAACCUUCUCCAUCAAGUCAGAUGUGUGGUCUUUUGGGAUCCUGCUGACGGAGAUUGUGACGUACGGCCGCAUCCCGUACCCAGGCAUGACCAACUCCGAGGUGAUCCAGAACCUGGAACGGGGGUACCGCAUGCCCCAGCCUGACAACUGCCCCCAGGAGCUGUACAGCAUCAUGAAUAUGUGCUGGCAGGAGACCCCAGAGAACCGGCCCACAUUCGAGUAUCUGCGGAGUGUUCUGGAGGACUUCUUUACUGCCACAGAGCAACAGUACCAGAGCCAGCCCGGCUGAGGUCCAGACAGACUGACUGACAGACAGACAGAUUUACUGACAGACAGAGGGAGACUGACAGACAGACUUACUGACAGACAGAAGGAGAGACAGACAGACAGACUGAAGGAGACUGACAGACAGACUUACUAACAGACUGAAGGAGACUGACAGACAGACGGAGACAGACAAACUGAGAUACAGACAGACAGGCUGAAGGAGACUGACAGACAGACAGACUGAGAUACGAAGAGACAGACUGAAGGAGGCUGACAGACUUACUGAAAGAUAGACAGACAGACAGCGACAGAGAGAACAAUCAGGUGGUGCAAUCGCUGUGAUAGAUAUCCAAUAGAUAGACAUGAAAAGCCACAGAGACAGACAGAACUACUCAUAGGUCACACACACACACACAGGUUUGUAAUUACAUCUUUGUGGGGACUCUCCAUUCAUUUCUAUGGGGAAAACCUUAAACCCAACAUGCCGACCUUAACC